AUUAGGUAGCAAGAGCCUAGACCCAUGAAUUUUCCAGCUGCCGUCUUGCCGCCGCCUCAGUGCCACUGCCGCCCACUUUGCACUUUAUCAUUCCGUCACUCUUAAUCUGGAAUAUCGCAAUUGAGUAAUAUAGGCACGCCACAUUCCUCGAUGACUGAGACGCGGAAAAAAAGAUAAGAAAAAAGUAAAAAGUGGCAAGCAAGCAGCGGUCACGGAAGACGUGUUCACAAUUCACUCAAAAGAUUAGUUCCACGAUUUAUUUCCUACCUAAACCUAUUGGGUAAUUAUAUGAUAACGGCGAAACCUUCUUUUCUUACCUUUACGUUAACCAUCUUCUAGUCGAGGAAGAUGUGUCGCUUUUUGGUCUAUCGAGGCAGCGACGAGAUCCUGCUCUCAAAGUUGAUUCUAGACCCGACGCACUCUAUCCUUAAGCAAUCGUUUGACUCUCGGCUUAGAUUGGACACGCGACGCGGCCAGAAUAAUGCAGAUGGCUUUGGAAUCGGCUUUUAUACCGACCCGAAACUCGGUCCCGCUCCUUGUCUCUUUACUUCAACCAUUCCCGCUUGGAACUGCACCAAUCUCCAUCGUAUCGCUUCCAAGACGGCAUCAAGACUCGUCUUCGCACACGUUCGAGCAACCACCGAAGGAUCCCUAAGCGAGGAUAACUGCCACCCCUUCUGCCAUGGGAGUUUGAUGUGGAUGCACAAUGGAGGUUUAGGAGGCUGGAAACAUAUCAAGAGAAAGCUAGGUGAACGAUUACACGACAAGUGGUACCUUUGCGUACAAGGCGGAACUGAUAGCGAGUGGGCAUUCGCACUAUUCCUCGACCGCCUCGAGCGUCUGGGCGUCAACCCGAGUUCAGAACCCAAGAAUGGCUUUGGGCCAGGUGUUCUACGAAGAGCCCUCUUGCAAACAAUCGAGAUUAUCAACGAGCUUACUAUGGCUAUACCAGAGAGCACCAUUCAGAGCGAGAAUGUGGACACUCGAAGCCUGUUAAACUUCGCAGUGACGGACGGACAUAGCAUCAUCUGCACGAGAUACGUGAGCAGCAAGACUGACGAGGCAGCAAGCUUGUACUAUUCUUCGGGUACCCAAUGGGAGACCAAUCUGUCUGCUCCGAACGAUCGAGAUUACCAGAUGGAACGCCGCGAUAAAGGAGCAGAUAUCGUUCUUGUAGCUAGCGAGCCUCUGACAUUCGAACGAGAAAAUUGGGUCAAUGUUCCCACCAACUCCAUUUUGACCAUUCACGGCCAGACUGUAAUGGUAAACCCAAUCAUCGACGCAUAUUCAGACCGCGAUCCGUAUCACAAGCGUUCCUCGGCGUUUGCACAAACGAAGGGUCUUACCACCAACGAGAAGGCAGCUCCCCGCGUUACCAGUCCUUUACCCACGCCGAGUAUCGAUCUUGACAGUCACAAGCGCAUUCUUGCUCCAUUAAUCCCUGCCGGUAUCGGACGAAGUCGAACACCAGAAGGUCCAUCGUUACCAAUUCGAAACAAGACACCACUUGCAUACUCUGAGUCGGCCUCCGCCCCAUCCGAUAUACGUGCUCCUCCAAGUGAACCCCGGCCUCGCACAGAGCCACGUCCAGAUCUUGGUAACAAACUUCCCUCGCAGGGUAAUAUCAAGAAGAAGAGGCGUUCGCUUAAUAUCGGAGAACAACCUCACCCUGCCGAUCACCAAGUCGAUAUAGAGUUGCCGAUGCCGGAUAGCCCGGUGCCAAGUUCCGUAUCGAGAGGCCCUGACUAUACCACAUCAGAGAAGGCAGCUCGCGUCCUCGGGAUGGCUCUUUAGUAAAGAGAUUUCUCAGUGGUAUCUGGCCGGAUUUUCUAAAUAGUGUUUGCUUGACGUUUCGCAUCAUGACGGGGGUAGUGUCAACAUAGAUUUCAUGUUCCGCAACUGGUAAGAAUGACAUCAAAAGGGACCUGGAACAGCAAGGCGUUUCUGGCUGUUGUGUUUUUUUAGAAGAGCGGUUUGGUGCGUGUAGCAUUGUAGCAAAAGUUGACUGCUAAUUCCAUACCCAAUAAUAAACUCGCAUUUACGUUCUGCCUUAUAUUAAUACUUUGCGAAUGCUUGGUGGCUAUUAUCGACUACAAACAUAU